CCCCGCCCACUUCACCCGCCGCCUCGGGUCACGUGCCGACCUCGCACCAUGGCGGCGCCCAUGUGAGGAGACCUCGGCAGGUAAUCUACACGACCUACUUCUGACUGCCUUAUUUGUGUUCUGAGAAUUUUAUGAAGUUGUUUUCUUUCAACAAGUCAUCAUAAAGUGCUAAAGAGCAAAAUGAAUAAGAACCUGGAUUGUUUUAUAAGGACAGUGAGACAGCUGCAGGCAUGUCAUUAUGCACAGAUUCCUUUUUCUAGAACCACAGGGAGAGUAUUUGCACUGGAGGUUGAUGGGCCUAAAAGUGCUGCACACAGUAUUUACCUGAGGCGACUCCUGUCGUACGCAUCUCCUUGCUGGCUGCGAUCAUCUGUUAGAUUUUUUUCUCAAGGUACCCUAAGUAUUAAUGCAGACGGUACCAAUGCAAAUGAACAGAAAACUGCUGAUGCCCACUUAGAUGACCAUGUGCAAAGCCCUGACCUAAUGACUGUUGCACCCACCCAACUUCCAUCUGGUUUCUUGGGAUCCCCAAAGGAAGUCAGAAGUACAGCGGAAGAAAAGGAUGAAGAAAACACGCCCCAGCAAUUCUUUAAUUACCUUCGAAAAUGUACAUCUCCCAGUGAUGUACUAGACCUUGCUUCAAAAUUUCCAGAUGCUCCAAAGUACACCAGUAGCUAUCUUGCCACUAUGUGGAUGCUCACAAAAAAGCUCUCGGAAGAUCAAAAACAUUAUGAGAGACGGCUGAUGUUUGAGCACCCUCAGUUUAGCCAGCUCUGUCAGUGUUUGAUGCAGGAGGCCAAAUACAUGUGGCGUGAUGACUUGGCAUACAGCCUGCUAGCUGUGGUGAAACUGGGAGUCCCACAGAACACCCGGUUGGUUCAGACCUUGCUGAGGGUAUGCCAGGAACGUCUCAAUGAAUUUGAUGACCGAUGUCUCUCAGUUGUUGCAAACACUUUGCAAGGAAUGGAGAAGUCCAAGAAUGUGGAAGCUCUUCAAAUUGGAUUGCAAUUACUGGUGGAACAGAGAAUCCCCAAAAUCUCAAAUGUGCUUAUGUUGCAAAACAUGAUGAAGGGUCUUGGGAAGGAUGCACCACUCACACUUAAGACAAAACUGGAGAACAAGAUUUUGUAUCACAUAGACCAACUUACUGUUCCAAAUGCUCAGCACAUGUUCACCUUGCUGGCUGAAAUGAACUACCGCUCUGUUCCAAUCCUGAAUGCCUGCAGUAACAAAAUAAUAGAGAAUAUCCCUGGAACUCCAUUUCGGCGUCUGCUGAAUAUUUUGAAGUCUUGCAAAGACCUCCUGUACCGCAACAGCAAGCUUUGUUCUGCAAUAGCGGAUUAUGCAGCAUCCGUCUUCUAUAUGUGGGACACAAAGCAGGUAGUCCUGUUUCUUUCUGCCUUUGAGAAUGUUGGCUUUCGACCCGUUGAGCUGAUGGAUGCGUUUGCUGAGAAAGUGACGUCCGAUCCUGAAUGCUUAAGCAUGAGGGAUCUUGUGACCGUUCUGCGAGCCUUUUCUUCUCUCAACCACACCCCCAAAAGCCAAAAUCAGGAGUUUCUUGAGGCACUGAAUAGUGUCCUGGAUAAGUAUCUCUCCAAGAUCUCUAACGUGGACUUACUGAAAGCUGUAUAUUCGUUCUGCAUUUUAGGAUAUUUUCCCCAAUCUGCACUUAAGCAGCUUCUACAAGAUGAAAUCCUCCACAGUCUGGUAGCAACAGACGGCCAGAAUAUAGAGCAGAAUGAAAUAAUGUUGCAUACCAUAAAUGCUUGUUUGGAUCUCGAUGGAAAUUCUUUCACUAAGCCAGCAGCCUUAUCAGUGGAGAAACUACCAUCAUCCUCUGCUUUUAGUUUUCCUGACGUUUCGGAGGUUCUGCUUGCACUGUUGGGAGAUGAAAGUCUGUUUCGAACAAACGCACCAGUGGUUCACGGUUUCUCUCUAGAUUUUGAAAUCUUAAUGGAUGCAGAGAAGGGAAUAGUGAUACCAGAUGCUGAAGUGACAGAUAAGUCUCACAUUCAAAGGAUAGCCGUCCUGUGUGCUCCUGUGUCCGCGCUCUGUUUUGCGUCAAAACAUCCCCGAGGGAGGUUGGCCAUGAGGAUGAGACACCUGCGUCUUCUGGGCUAUCGCGUGAUUCUGGUUCAUUACCAGGAAUUCCAGAAACUGAAGAAAGACGAGGCAGUUGAGUUCUUAAAGGGAGAAAUAUUUUCAACACAGGCACGCUUGGAUUCUGAUUAGAACAUCCAGGAUCACUGUUUAAAUUAAUAUACCACAUUGCUUUUUUUUUCUUUUUGCAUUUCAAGAAAAUAACUGAAUAAGAUUCCCUCA